AUGUCGGAAUCCGACCGGAAUCUCGGCUACCUCACGAAGAAGGAGACGGAGGUGAAGCUGCCCCGUCCAACGCGCGUCAAGAACAAAACCCCGGCGGCGAUUCAAAUCACCGCCGAGCAGAUCCUCCGCGAAGCCCGCGAGCGUCAGGAGGCCGAAAUCCGUCCGCCCAAGCAGAAAAUCACCGACCCCACCGAGCUCGCUGAAUACCGCCUCCGCAAGCGCAAGGAGUACGAGGACCUAAUCCGGCGAGUACGGUGGAACAAGAGCGUCUGGGUGAAGUAUGCCAAGUGGGAGGAGUCACAGAUGGACUUCGCCCGCGCGAGGUCCGUCUGGGAGCGCGCCCUCGAGGUGGACUACAGGGACCAUACGCUGUGGCUCAAGUACGCCGAUUUCGAGAUGAAGAACAAGUUCGUCAACCACGCCAGGAACGUAUGGGACCGCGCCACGGAGCUGCUGCCCAGGGUGGACCAGCUCUGGUACAAGUACAUUCAUAUGGAGGAGGUGCUCGGGAACGUGGCUGGCGCCAGGCAGAUUUUCGAGCGGUGGAUGAGGUGGAUGCCUGAUCAGCAGGGGUGGCUGUCGUACAUAAAGUUCGAGCUGAGGUACAACGAGGUCGAGAGGGCACGGACAAUUUUCGAACGGUUUGUGGAUUGCCAUCCGAAGGUCUCUGCGUGGAUUAGGUUUGCCAAGUUUGAGAUGAAAAAUGGAGAUAUUGCUCGUGCCAGGAACUGUUACGAGAGAGCGGUGGAAAGAUUGGGGGACGAUGAGGAAGCUGAGCUGUUGUUUGUGGCUUUUGCACAGUUUGAGGAGAAGUGUAAGGAGACCGAGCGAGCAAGGUGCAUAUAUAAGUAUGCACUGGACCACAUCCCGAAAGGGAGGGCAGAGGAGCUUUACAUGAAAUUUGUGGGGUUUGAGAAGCAGUAUGGGGACCGGGAGGGGAUCGAGGAUGCCAUUGUUGGGAAGAGGAGGUUUGAGUACGAGGAUGAGGUUAGGAAGAACCCGCUUAAUUACGAUGCGUGGUUCGAUUAUAUCCGGCUGGAGGAAAGCUGUGGGGACAGGCAGAGGAUUGAGGAUGUUUACGAGAGGGCUAUAGCAAAUAUGCCCCCGGCCCAGGAGAAGCGCUAUUGGCAGCGUUACAUAUAUUUGUGGAUUAAUUAUGUUCUGUAUGAAGAGCUUGAGGCACAGGAUGUGGACCGGACAAGAGAUAUAUACAACUUGUGUCUGAAGAUGAUACCUCAUGGAAAAUUUUCAUUUGCGAAGAUUUGGCUGAUGGCAGCUCAGUUUGAAAUACGCCAAUUAAAUAUUGAUCGUGCACGGCGAAUUUUGGGAUCAGCAAUAGGCAUGGCUCCCAAGGAUAAGAUAUUUAAGAAGUACAUUGAGAUAGAGCUGCAGCUUGGUAAUAUAGAACGGUGCAGAAAAUUGUAUGAGAAGUAUUUAGAGUGGUCACCGGAGAACUGCUAUGCAUGGAGCAAGUAUGCUGAGCUGGAAAGAUCCUUGGCCGAGACUGAAAGAGCCAGAGCUCUUUUUGAGCUUGCAAUUGACCAGCCUGCGUUGGACAUGCCAGAGCUUUUGUGGAAGGCGUAUAUUGAUUUUGAAAUAUCUGAAGUUGAAUAUGAGAGAACUAGGGCACUUUAUGAGAGGCUUUUGGACCGUACAAAACAUUUGAAGGUGUGGAUCAGUUAUGCCAAGUUUGAGGCAUCUGCUGCAGAAGAGGGCCUUCAAGAAUCAGAGUUGUCCGAAAGUGAUUAUGAGCAGAAGAAAAAGUGUCUACAACUUGCCAGAGCUGUUUUUGAAAGAGCCCUGAGCUAUUUCCGAAAUUCUGCCCCUGAAUUGAAAGAGGAAAGGGCCAUGCUCUUGGAGGAGUGGUUGAACACGGAAAGCAGCUUUGGCGAGCUUGGUGAUGUUGACUUGGUCAGAGUUAAGCUGCCGAGGAAACUUAAAAAGAGACGGCAUAUAGAAACUGAGGAUGGUCCAGCUGGGUAUGAGGACUAUAUUGAUUAUCUUUUCCCUGAAGAGACUCAGACUACAAACCUCAAAAUCUUGGAAGCUGCAUACAAGUGGAAGAAGCAGAAGAUUGUUUCUUCUGAUGAUGAUUAG